AUGCAUUCCAACGAGUUCUCCUACAAUAGCUAUUUUAUUCAUGAGAAGGACCUAAAAUACGUCCCUCCAUACCUCAAAGAUGUUCCCGAGACACCCAAUGAGGUCGAAUACCGCACCUCUGGUUCCUGGCCGACUUGGAUUGAGGGAAAGUUACUCCGGAUUGGCGAAGGGCGCUUUACCAAUCCCUUCUCCCAGCAAUCUCAUCAGCAUCCCGUCACAUAA